UGCGAUCGUUAUUGCGAGUCCCUAGACAAUGAUUCCCUCUCUGGUGAGAUCGACGCGGAGAAGUUGCCGUCGUUUCGCCCACGGGCCCUCAAGCGAAAGCGUCGCAUCAUCAUCCAUUCCUCCCCCUAUCUCCGAUGCCUGCAGACCUCAAUCGCCAUCAGUUCUGGAAUCAGCCAGAAUUACUCCGAGAUUACCUGCGCCUUGUCUGGACCAAUGUCUGGUGUGAGUCAGCCAAAUGGGUUUCUGUCCGCUCCAGCCGGUUCGCCAACGCAGGACGCUACCGCCAGUCCAGCGACAGACCAGCGAUGUCUCCUGCGCGUCGACGCCUUCCUUGGAGAGUGGCUAUGCCCAGACUAUUUCGACGAGAUCACCCCACCUCCCAAGUCAGAACGGUUGAUUGCGGCUGCUAAGGCAGAGCUAUUACGACGCGACAGCGUCGUGCCAGAGGCUGAUACCAAACCCCCAACGGGCUUUUUCCCGGGUGGCUGGGGCAGUCUUAGCAACUACAGCCCGUUGUCUCCGCCCAUCGACGAGGAAGACCGCAUCGCUAACCCCACAUACACGUCGAACGAGCGCCGGGAAGGGCAGCGGAAUCGUGCCGGUAGCUGUGACACUUUACGGUCCGCGGACACCCCCCACACACGGCGGAUGCUCAGUAAGAUCAACACCAACCUUCCGCCCAUACCGGACGGCGUGUACAUGCCCCCGACCCCCAGCUAUGCUAUCUCGCCGUCGGAACCAAUCCCGACGGGUUAUGUCACACAUGCACGGGAGGCCUGCAUGAAGAUUGAUUACCCAUGGGAUAGUAUGCGGGACCCGUUGGAUUGGGGCAAUGGAGGCGAGUAUGGCGAAGAGUGGAGUACUAUGCACACACGGUUCCAUACCGGGUUAGACCGGAUGGUCCGUUGGUAUCGGGAGCACGAUGGCUCUCUUUGCUCCGGUCGGCGACGGCGUCAUUCUCAAUUAUCAUUGUCCGAGAGUGCCGAGGAAUCGAAGCUCCCGGACGAUGAAGACGAGAUCACCGACACGGUCUUGGUAAUCGUCACGCAUGGGGCUGGCUGCAAUGCGCUGAUCGGGGCCCUCACUGGGGAGCCAGCCUUGGUGGACAUCAGUACGGCAUCCCUUACACUGGCGGUCCACGAGGACCGCGCAGCCGUCGCCGACAAAGCUGAUUCGAUUGGUGGGCCCGUGGCGCCUUACCGCCCAGCGCACGAGCGUUUCAGCUUGCAAGAUUACAAACUACAGCUCGUCGCCUCGACCGAUCAUUUACGACCAGUAACAAAUCCGUCGGCGUCCAUCCUCUCGCCGCCCAGUAGUUUAACUUCUCCCUCAACCACAUACCGCCCCCGGUUCGCAACUCGCCCGUCACUGUCGCAAGGGGGGUUUGUGAUUGGCCCGUCCCCCGUGUCGGGGCCAGGUACCCGCUCGUGGACGUUUUCCCGACCUUCCACCGCGCCUCGCGGGGCCAUCGGGCUUUGGAGCUCGAAUUCGAUCGCGGCAGGAGACGCCGCGGACGAUAUCAUCCCCAAUUUUGGCGAUUCCUGGUCGGGGUCCAAUGGGGAUGGCUGCAACGACCCCUCCAGAACCAAGCCGGACGAGUCCUCAGGUCGGACGCCGCAGCUCCCUCAACGGACACUGUCUCAACGAGGCCUGUGGGGGAGUGGGCCGGUCAAGGAGCCCCCCGCCAAGCGGCGCUGGACGGUAACCGAACGACGGAUCUAAACGGGUGCUAUUUCCUUCACCAGGCGCAACGCCUGUUGAUCUUUCUUUCCCUUUCUUCUUUGCACUUUCAGCGGCUUUCUCUGGUUUUACGGCGAGGCGUUCUGGAAUCAUAGCGAAUUGGACCUUUCACGAUUGCAUAACGAUAUACUAUUCCAUUUGGGUCUUAAUGGAUGGUUGGGGGUCUUUGGCCAAUCUAAGCACAUCUACUCAACUCCGGGCAUAUACAUAUAAGAUUAAAUUUCACCACUUCACACCGGUACCUCUUUCUCGUUGACUGAAACCAUGAUCCCCUCGGGCGGUUGAGAUCCUGUAGUUCGUAUAUGGUCCACCACAUUUCCCGGCACUAAAAGCGAUUACUUUUGAGGAUCCGGCAGCGACGCUACAGCAAGCCCAGAGGUCUCCAUCUUAUAGCCUGUUCAAACUCCGCACUAGCAGUCGAUCGGG